AUGCUGCCCGCUACCAAACAAAAAGGAAUCGAAAUUAGUACUGCUAGUACCAGUACUGAUGUUCCGAUGGAGUCGGUGGACGCGGCCGGACCGGUGCCGGGUGCACUGAGCCCCAACACAGUGAAUGGGAACGGGAAUGAUUUGGCCACCAACGCAGAAGAUAUGACUUCGCGUGAUUACUACUUCGACUCGUACGCACACUUUGGCAUCCACGAGGAGAUGCUGAAGGACGAGGUGCGUACGUUAACCUACCGAAACGCGAUGUACCACAACAAGCACCUGUUCAAGGGGAAGGUCGUGUUGGAUAUCGGUUGCGGUACCGGCAUCCUGUCGAUGUUCGCGGCAAAAGCCGGUGCGGCGAAGGUCAUUGCGAUCGAGUGUUCGAACAUUGUCGACUACGCACAGAAGAUCAUCGAGGCGAACAACCUGCAGGAGACGAUCACGCUGGUAAAGGGCAAGGUCGAGGAGGUAACACUGCCGGAAGGGUACGACCAGGUGGACAUUAUCAUUUCGGAAUGGAUGGGUUACUGUCUGUUCUACGAGUCCAUGCUGGACACGGUCAUAUAUGCACGGGACAAGUGGCUAAAGAAGGACACGGGAAUGAUGUUCCCGGACCGGUGUACGCUAUUCGUGACAGCGAUCGAGGAUCGACAGUACAAGGACGAAAAGAUCAACUGGUGGGAUGAUGUGUACGGCUUCAACAUGAGCUCGAUACGGAAGGUAGCGAUCAGCGAACCGCUGGUGGACGUUGUGGACCCGAAGCAGAUGGUCACGUCCUCGUACUUGAUCAAGGAGAUCGAUCUGUACGUGGUGAAGAAGGAAGAUCUGGAGUUCGAGUCUCCGUUCCAUCUGUUGGUAAAGCGUAACGAUUUCGUGCAGGCGCUCGUGACGUUCUUCAACGUGGAGUUUACCAAGUGCCACAAACGGCUCUCAUUCAGCACGUCGCCGGAUGCGCCAUACACGCACUGGAAGCAGACGGUGUUUUACUUUGACGACUAUCUGACGGUUAAGAAGGGCGAAGAAAUUUACGGCACGUUCAAGAUGAAGCCGAACGUGCGCAACAACAGGGAUCUGGACUUUACGGUCGAUCUCCACUUUAAGGGUGAACUGUCGCAGGUGCACGAAAAGAAUCACUACCGGAUGCGCUAG